UAAUGGCUUUGUAAUGAUUCUGUAUCUAGUAUGCAAUUCCUGGUUUGUCAAACAGGUUUAUUUUGCAGAUUGGCUAAAUUUAAAUUUAAUUUCCUCAUCUUCUUUAGAUUGUAGGUCACCAUACCCAAGAAGAUUUUUCAGUGAGAGGCAAGGAACCCAAGGACGAGGUUCAAAUUUAUACCUGGAUGGAUGCUACACUUAGAGAGAUGACUGAUCUCGUGAAAGAAGUAUCUCCAGCUGCCAGAAGACGAGAUGCAAAAUUGUCAUUUGCAGUUCUAUAUCCUGAUAAAAAUGGGCGUAUUCAAGUAAAGAAGGUAUAUACUCCGAGGAAUGCGCCUUAUGCUAGUGAGGAAAUUGAUGUGGUUCGUGAGCAAUGGGCUAAGUUUUUUACCAGCAAGUAUUUGUUAUUGGCGUGAGCGCUUGAUCGAGUUGGUUUAGAUGUUAUAGAAUAAUCUUUUAUAUUACAAUGUAUGCGUUUGUUGAAAUUGGAAUGUACAUAUAUUUAAAUGUAUGUGGUACAUGCACUUUGG